CACGCCGGGCAGGGCCGGGGCGGCGGCCGGCGCAAUGAUUAACCGCAGGAAGCCGGCGGAGACGCUCGGGUCGGUCGGGUGACAGCUCCGGCCGUGGCUCCCGGGCAGAGCGACCUCCGCAGCCGCCCGCGGGGACGGUGGGUGCCGGGCGCGCCGGAGGCAGCGUGGAUGCGGCCGGCAGAAGGGCCGAGGCUGGACGAGGCUCCCGCGGGGCCCGAGAGUGCUGAGUGCCCGCCCCCGGCGGCGGCCGGCCCGCGCGGGCCAUGGGCUCCUGGAAGCCGGGGCUGUUCGUCGUGUCUCUGGCCUCGGCCCUGGUCUUCGUCGUGGUUUACCACCAGCAGCUCCGGGAGGAGAGACGUUUCCUGCAGGCGUCCCUGGCCAAUGCCUCCCUCCUGGUGGACGUCUGCCGGCAGGUCCUGGCGGGGAAGGCGUUCGCCCUCUCGGAGAACGCCCUGCGGACCCCGCCAGUCUCCCCCGACUGCCCUGAGUACGUGUCCCGCGGCCACUACCUGACACAAGCCCUGUCGGCCGAGGAGGCCGCCUUCCCGCUGGCCUUCAUCCUCACCGUGCACAAGGACUUCGGCACCUUCGAGCGGCUCUUCCGUGCCAUCUACAUGCCCCAGAACGUCUACUGCGUGCACGUGGACGCCAAGGCCGCCCCCGCGUACCAGGCCUCGGUGGCCCGCCUGCUCAGCUGCUUCCCCAACGCCUUCCUGGCCUCCCGCGCCGAGUCGGUGGUGUACGCCGGCUACUCGCGGCUGCAGGCCGACGUCAACUGCCUGCGGGACCUGGCGGGCUCGGCCGUGCCCUGGAAGUACGUGCUCAAUACCUGCGGCCAGGACUUCCCGCUGAAGACCAACCGGGAGAUCGUCCGGCACCUGAAGGGCUUCCGGGGCAGGAACGUGACCCCCGGGGUGCUGCCGCCGGCCCACGCCGUGGGGAGGACCAAGUUCGUGCACCGGGAGCACCGGGGCAAGGAGGUGUCCUACGUGAUCCGGACGGAGGCCCGGAAGGCGCCCCCGCCCCACAACCUCACCAUCUACUUCGGCUCGGCCUACGUGGCCCUGACCCGGGAAUUCGUCAGCUUCGUCCUUGGGGACCCGCGCUCCCGGGACCUGCUGCUCUGGUCCGAGGACACCUACAGCCCCGACGAGCACUUCUGGGUGACGCUCAACCGCAUCCCAGGUGUGCCUGGCGCCAUGCCCAACGCUUCCUGGGCGGGGAACCUCAGGGCCAUCAAAUGGAACGACAUGGAGGAUAAGCACGGGGGCUGCCAUGGCCACUACGUGCAUGGCAUCUGUAUCUAUGGCCCUGGGGACCUGCCGUGGCUGCUGAACUCCCAGAGCCUGUUCGCCAACAAGUUCGAGCUGUCCACCUACCCGCUGACCGUGGAGUGCCUGGAGCUGAGACUCCGCCAGCGGGCCCUGAACCAGAGCGAGGUCCCGCUGCAGCCCAGCUGGGUCUUCUGAGCCGCACCGGCCCUGGUCACCCACGGGCACGG